AUGACGCGUGUUAUUGCGAAUAAGACCUCCCCCAUACUGAGUCGAGCCGCUGGUCUUGUCGGAAUCAGACCGCUCGCUACCGUGGUAGAGCCCAAAGAGAGGGUGAGCGAUACAAUCCUAAAGUGGUCCAGGGAUGCCAUCGAGCGCGGAGAUGCUCAUUUCAAAGUCGGUGGAACCAAGCUAUAUUUCCCCAAGGCCCGCGUGAUCCUUCUAAGACCCAAUGCGAAGCACACCCCGUAUCAAGCCAAAUUCAUCGUUCCCAAAUCCUUCAACAAGCUGGACCUGAGAGACUACCUGUUCCAUGUCUACGGCCUGCGUGCCAUGAACAUUACCACGCAGCUCCUCCACGGCAAAUACACUAGGGCAACGCCGUCCUUGCCCAGAUACAGGGCUCCGCAAAUCAAGAAAAUGACCAUUGAUAUGGCCGAGCCCUUUGUCUGGCCCGAAGAACCCUCGAAGAAGGACAAUGCCAUGUGGGACGAGACUAUGACUGAAAACGUCAAACUUUACCGAGAAGACGCCUUCCGUCUGGGCUCCGACAGUUUUAAACCCUCCAAGGCGUUCGGCGGAGCCGUCGGACCGUUCCAGCCUGUUGCCCAGCCGUUCAUCCCCAAGCAACUACGUCGUGAGAUGGAGAACACAAGACACGCCACUCGCAACAAACUCAAGCGCUACGACCAACUUUCUCAACUCGACAAAUACGUGAACCUGUAA